AUGAAAUACAUAUCUAAAUCAAAAGUCCGUAAUAUAGGACCAAAUAGUAAUUUAUUAAGAGCUUAUAAAACUCAAUUUACUAAUUUAACUUCAUAUCAAUAUGAAGCUUUAAUAGGUCAUUUAUUAGGAGAUGCUAAUAUUUAUACACGUAAUAAUGGUAAAACUCAUGGUAUUAAAUUUGAAUGAGGUGAAAAAAGUAAAGAUUAUAUUUUUCAUGUAUAUGAUAUAUUUGGUGAUUUUAUAUUAAAAGAACCUCAUUUAUAUUCUAGAUUAAAUAAAAAUGGUAAUCUACAGAAAACAUGACGUAUGGAAACAUAUCAAGAUGUCAUAUUUAAUGAUAUAGGUUCUUUAUUUUUACUUAAUAAUAAGAAAAAAAUAAUUAGAAGUAAUUUGAUCAUUAAUCAUUUAACUCCUAUUAGUUUAGCUUAUUGAUAUAUGGAUGAUGGAGGUAGAAAUUAUUAUAAAGGUAAACGUUCAUUAACAGAUCAUUCUUUAACAUUAAAUACUCAAGGGUUUACAGUUGAAGAAGUUAAAAUGUUAAUUAAAGAAUUAAAUUUAAAAUAUGAAUUUAAUACUACUUUAUCUUUUAAUAAGAAAAAACCUACUAUAUAUAUACCUGAUCAUAAUUAUGAUUUAUUUUUUAACUUAAUUAAUCCUUGAAUAAUUGAUCAUUUUAGGUAUAAAUUACCAAAACUUAAUAAAUAG